GUCUCUGUCUCUCUCUCUACCCUUCGGCUGUUCUGCAAGUGCUCGUGGGUGUGUGGCCAUGACGGCAACGACGGCGGACCUGGUUUUCUUCCCGUCUUUCGAAGCUUGAAGAGCUAUUCGGCGAGGGGAUUCUUCUAUAGAGAGAGAGAGAGAGAGAGAGAGAUGAUACCACAGCAAUGGGCGUCUCCGUGCGGGAGCCAAUGCACGAGCAAGUACUCGGCCCUCACUCAGAUUCCAUGGAGAGUUUUUUGCAAGAAGGCUUGUGAUGCUGACGGAGAGACAUGGGAAGAAUGUCUGGAAGAGUGCAAUGAGAUGUGUUACAAGGACCCUGUGCUGAAGGACCGCCAGUGGAGUGCUUACAUUGAUCGCUCUCCUGGUGCUGCAACUUACUCAGAGGAAUGUUUCCAUGCUUGUGUAUCUGGCUGCGGCUACAAGUUUGAAAUUCCUCCGGAGAAAGUCGAGCAAGUUCAUCCAAACAGACCACCGAAGCCUCCUCCUCCUUCUCCUCCUGCUGUUCACAAGGCAACUGAACCAUCUCCAAAACCUAGUGUGCCCUCCGAAGACGUUCCUUGCACCUCCGCCUGAGAGGCAUAGCAUCUAAGAGCUGAACUUUUUGAUUUUAGUAACAACAGAUAUCCACAGGAGGUUACAGUGGAACUCACAUCGUAUGCUGCUUUCCUGAUCAGCUAACUCCAACGACCAAUUUUGGCUGACUGAACCCAAUAUAUCGGGUCGCUCAUCCGCCGUACCAGUUUUAGGCCUUUUUUGCACUUCUUUCUUCUGACCUUAGGGAGAAAUUUAUAGAACUUUUCUGAGUUAGAUGCAAUAUGUAACUUGGAUCCAAAUUGGCAAUCCAGUUCGGCAUUGUUGAUCGUGACAUGUUAUUCAUCAAA